AUGUCUGGUCUGCGCAACGUCCAAUAUUGUGUUCUCGAAUAUGGCGAAAGUAGUGAAUGUACGUGUUGUGAUAAAUGCUCUAUUGUGACUUACUAUGUUUGAAAAUGGAUAGUAACGUGAUUAUUUAUACAAAGAAAGUGUGAUAAUAGUGUAAAUAUAUAUUUUGUUGUAAUAAAAAAGGAAAUACCAAAAUGUCUACAGAUAAAAUAAAAGUUGCAGUUAGGGUCCGUCCUUUUAAUCGUAGAGAGCUCGAAUUGGGUACACAAUGUGUUGUCAAAAUGGAAAAACAACAAACUCUUCUUCAACAGCCUACGACCCUGGAUAAAAUGGAAAGGAAGCCGCCAAAGUCUUUUGCGUUCGACCAUUGUUUCUGUUCGGUGGAUCCAACCAUGGAAGGUUUUGCUUCGCAGGAAGUCGUUUUUGAUUGCCUCGGGCGAGAUAUCCUUGACAAUGCGUUCCAAGGAUAUAACGCCUGCAUUUUCGCGUAUGGCCAAACAGGUUCCGGUAAAUCAUAUACAAUGAUGGGUUCACAAGAAAAUAAAGGAAUUAUACCGAGAUUAUGUGAUGCCUUGUUUGGCCUAAUUGCAAAACAGCAAAGCUCUGAACUUACUUACAAAGUUGAAGUAAGUUACAUGGAAAUUUACAACGAAAAGGUUCACGAUUUGUUAGAUCCUAAAACGAACAAGCAAUCAUUAAAAGUAAGAGAACACAAUGUAUUGGGUCCUUAUGUCGACGGAUUGUCACAGCUGGCAGUGACUUCGUUCAAGGAUAUUGACAACUUGAUGGCUGAGGGUAAUAAAUCGAGGACAGUAGCUGCGACAAAUAUGAACAGCGAGUCGUCUAGAUCUCAUGCAGUAUUUACAAUUGUUUUGACUCAGACUUUGGUAGAUACAAAAUCUGGUGUAACAGGUGAAAAAGUUAGUCGCAUGUCUUUGGUAGAUUUAGCAGGUUCUGAACGGGCUGUGAAAACUGGAGCUGUUGGUGACAGGUUAAAAGAAGGCUCCAAUAUCAAUAAGUCAUUAACAACGUUAGGUCUAGUUAUAUCAAAAUUGGCAGAUCAAUCAUCAGGGAAUAAAAAUAAAGAUAAAUUCGUACCGUACCGUGAUUCAGUUUUAACAUGGAUAUUGAAAGAUAAUUUGGGUGGUAACAGCAAAACGGUCAUGGUUGCGGCAAUUUCCCCCGCAGCUGAUAAUUACGAAGAAACGUUGUCUACUCUUCGGUAUGCCGAUCGAGCGAAGAGAAUUGUCAAUCACGCCGUAGUCAAUGAGGAUCCAAAUGCUAGAAUCAUAAGAGAAUUGAGACAGGAAGUCGAAACGUUGAAGGAAAUGCUGAAACAUGCGACUGGUUCUCCAGUCGGUGAUAUCCAAAGAGUUGAUAUUCACCAGAAAUUGAGCGAAAGUGAAAAAUUAUACAAAGAAGUGUCUCAAACGUGGGAAGAGAAACUAAUGAAAACGGAACGAAUUCAAAAUGAACGACAGCAAGCCCUCGAAAAAAUGGGAAUUAGCAUACAGGCGUCGGGUAUCAGAGUGGAGAAAAAUAAAUAUUACUUGGUUAAUUUGAACGCGGACCCGUCUCUUAACGAGCUCCUCGUCUAUUAUUUGAAAGAACGAACGGUGGUUGGAGCGAGGAGUUCCGAUUCGGGGGUGGAACCCGAUAUACAAUUGUCGGGUUUGGGGAUUCAGCCCGAACAUUGCAUAAUUACCAUCGAAGAUGGCGGAUUAUUUUUAGAACCUGUGGCAAACGCACGUUCCUACAUCAACGGCUCUCAGGUUACCCAAAGGACGCAGUUGAGGCACGGGGAUCGGAUAGUUUGGGGCAAUCACCAUUUCUUUAGAGUAAAUUGCCCGAGAUCAGUUUCUGCCACUUCGGAACCUCAAACACCAGCACAAAAUAUCGAUUAUAAUUUUGCUCGUGACGAACUUAUGCUAAAUGAACUUAUUAACGAUCCGAUACAAGCUGCUAUCUCCCGUCUUGAAAAACAACACAAAGAGGAUAAACAAGUCGCAUUGGAAAAACAACGAAUGGAAUAUGAAAAGCAAUUCCAACAGCUGAGAAACAUUAUGUCACCCUCAACACCGUACCCUCCCUAUUCUUAUGAUCCCUUGAGAGCCAAUUUUGGAAAAACAACUCCUUGCACACCUACGACACAAAUGAGAGUUGAAAAGUGGGCACAAGAAAGAGAUGAAAUGUUUAAAAGGAGUAUAGGGCAAUUGAAAGAAGGUAUAUAUCACGCUAAUUCCCUAGUGCAAGAAGCCAACUGUUUAGCCGAACAAUUGGGACGGCAAACGAAAUUUAGUGUUACUCUACAAAUACCUCCGGACAAUUUAAGUCCCAAUAGAAGGAAAGGUGCAUUUGUAAGCGAACCUGCCAUUUUAGUCAAACGUGGAACACAAAAUCAAGUAUGGUCGAUGGAAAAAUUAGAGAAUAAAAUUAUUGACAUGCGAGAACUCUACGAAGAGAAGAAAGAACAAGAUCUUUCAAAAGAAUCACCAGUCAAAGGUCCUGAUCCGUUUUUCGAAUCGCAAGAAAAUCACAAUUUGAUUGGUGUAGCAAAUAUUUUCCUUGAAUGUUUGUUCCAUGAUAUCAAACUUGAUUACCAUACACCUAUAAUAAGUCAACAGGGUGAAGUUGCCGGUCGCUUACAGGUUGAACUUAGUCGCGUUGCCGGAACUUUCCCACAAGAUAGGAUAUGCGAAGCUGCUUCAGAUAGUUCCUCUGAUAGCAGUCACGAUGAUGAGGAACAUGGUACUCCAAGUGUUACCUGCCGCGUUCACAUCAAACAAGCAUCUGGUUUACCUUUAUCUCUUUCACACUACGUAUUUUGUCAAUAUACUUUUUGGAAUCACCCUGAACCAAUAGUGGUACCUACAAACUCGGACGUUUCCACUUUCCAGUUGCCUGUUACUAAAGAUUCUACUGUUUUUAAAUUUGACCAUGUAAAAGACUUCGUCGUACCUGUAACUGAAGAGUUCCUUGAGCAUUGUGCAGAAGGAGCACUUUCUAUUGAAGUUUGGGGCAAUAGAAGUGCUGGAUUUUCUAAGCACAAACCCGGCUGGGAAGUUGAGCAACAAUUAGCCACAGCUCGAUCUUUAGUCGAUCGAUGGUCCGAAUUGACCAGAAAAAUCGAACUUUGGGUCGAAAUCCAAGAAUUGAACGAACAAGGAGAAUAUGCCCCGGUUGAAGUUACCACCAAAAAUGAAGUUUCAGCGGGCGGAGUGUAUCAAUUGCGUCAAGGCCAACAGAGACGAAUUCAAGUCAGAGUAAAACCGGUUCAAAAUUCAGGCACACUACCAAUAAUCUGUCAGGAAAUCGUCAAAAUUGAAGUUGGAGGAGUAAUGGUACGAAGUCGUCUCCAAAAACAUUUGGAUUCGUAUCAAGAGGAAGACUUGACGCUUUUGAGAGAAAAAUGGAACGAGGCACUUCUGAGGAGACAUCAAUACUUAGAGCAACAAAUCAAAAAACUUUUGGAGAAAUCAAACAAAACUGACCAGGAUUGUGAACGAGAACAGAGUCUAAUGGACCAAUGGGUGAAUUUAACUGAAGAACGCAAUGCUGUAAUCAUUCCGAAACCUGGAGCUGGCAUUCCUGGUGCUCCUGCUGUGUGGAGUCCACCACCUGGGAUGGAACCUUACGUUCCGGUUCUAUUUUUAGAUUUAAAUGCCGAUGACUUUAGUACACACCAAUCUGGAGUUGAGGUUACUGUUGCUGGUGCUAACUCGAUCUUGCCUAAAGAAGUUGGUAGUACGUUUUACAGUCUACACAUAUUGCAUCAUUUGGAAAAAGAUGUGUGUGCUGUAGCUAGUUGGGACUCUUCGAUUCAUAACAGUUCUCAUUUGAAUAAAAUAACAGAACCAAUGGAACGUGUCUAUAUGAUUUUAAGAAUCACAGUGAGGUUGUCACACCCAGCACAGAUGGAUUUAGUGCUCAGAAAACGUUUAUCUUUGAAUAUCUAUAAGAGACAGAGUAUUACCGAUCGAAUUAAACGAAAAAUUGUUCGUUCGGAUGUCAUAACUCAAUGUGGUGUUACGUACGAGGUUGUUUCAAAUGUACCCAAAGCUAGUGAAGAGUUGGAAGAUCGUGAAUCUUUAGCCCAGCUUGUGGCUUCUGGAGAAGAUUCAUCUUUGUGCGAUGGGGAGACUUACAUCGAAAAAUAUACUCGUGGUGUAAGUGCCGUCGAAAGCAUUUUAACAUUAGACCGUUUGAGGCAAAGUGUAGCUGUGAAAGAACUUCUUCAAGCUAAAGGGCAACCACUGAUGAGAAAAACUGCAAGUGUGCCUAACUUCUCCCAGGCUUUGGAAACAAAGAAUGGGUUCAUGAGGUUAGAUAUGAGCACCGAGUCACUUCAUAUGUCUCGUUCUGAGAGUGUGUCAGAACUGAACAGUGAACUUCACGGAGUUACGACUCCUUUGAGACCCAGGAGCAGUUUCGGGAAGGAUUCUGAAGGCACUCCUUCAAAACCUUUUGGCAUAGGCUCCAUUCUUUCAGCUCGGCCGACUUUCUUAAAUCUCAGCUUAAAUCUGAACUCUUUGCGAUUACAACAACCUGCAGGAAGUUCAAAACUGUUUCCUGGUAUUACUUCACCUGCCAAUACCAAGUUGGGGUUAAGAAUGACAACUCUUCAUGAAGAACAACCUGCGUUACCUCGAAAACAUUCUUUGGAUAUUUUGAGUGAUGACACAAUAGAAGAGCAAUGUGAAGACGGUCAUGAUGAAAAACAGGAAGUUACUUAUAAUGUGAGGAGUAGAACGAACGGACGACGAACAAUUCCAACUUCACGAACUCUAGACUCUCUUGUAGAACUAGCUCCCAAAUCUGGUACACCUUCUACGACUUCAAGUGGUUAUGGUUCUCAAGCAGUUUCAUCAACAAAUUUAUCAAGUGACGAUUCAAUGUCGUUACGGAGUAUCAGUGUUGAUGAAACACCGGAUUUAGAAGCAAAACCGGUUUCGAAUGAUUUACAACCGGUUUCUGAAGCAACUGAUAGUUCGAGUGAAACUUAUCAAGAAAGCAAUUACAGUGAGGAACAAAGUGGUGAAAGCAAUGAAAAUGUCGACGAUUACGUCGCCAAUGGCAUUGACAAUCAUUCUGAUAAUAACCAAGAUAAACCUCCAUGUGACAACGAAGGAAGCUCAGUAAUCAAAACAAAUUUAUCACCCGGAAAAGUUGUACGACGAAAAAAAUCAUCAAAAACGCAACACUCACAGCGAGCAUCAUUCCCACAAAUACGACCACAAUUAUCAGAAAGUAAAGUUGCUCAAAAUUUUGAACAAAGUCUAAUUAACACGAAUUUAAUACAUGAUGACGAAGGAUUAGACAGUUCGACUGAUCGAUUAGAAGAUGAUUCAGAAAAUAAUUUCGGAUCCAAACCUGAUUUAACAAAAUUGUCAGAUGUUCCCGUCCCGGAUUGGGUCAUAUUGGGCGAAAGUGUUCUUAUAAGACCUUACAAUUCGUCAGGUGUUGUUGCUUAUAUUGGCGGCACUGAAUUUGCCUCUGGCACUUGGAUUGGCGUUGAGCUUGAUGCCCCGAAAGGUAAAAACGAUGGAAGUGUCCAAGGAGUCCGCUAUUUCAGCUGUCGGCCAAAAUACGGUAUGUUUGUACGUGCUGAUAAGUUGAUAUUAGAUCGAAGAGGACGUGCAAUGCGUGCUUACAAGGCUGAUUCUCUUGCCAAUAACAAUAAGUGUGCGACUGGGAAAGGUGAUGGCCUUCCCAGGUCGCGUUCGCGAGGCGAAGGGCUGAAUAGUGUGGGGACAAGACCCAGUUCUAAAGCCAAAUAGGCACAAUAACUAGUCCCCUCCAAUAAUCCACCCGAUUUUAUGUAUUAUUGUGUGUUAAAAACACAUUCCAUGUGUGUAGCUGUGCCGUCCAUUUAUGUGGCAUAGAAACUUCCUAACUAUUUUUUAAAAAGAUGGUUUUUUAUUUGAUUUUGCUCUUUUUGAUUUGCAUUGCUGUUUGGUUGCACUUUUGCGAUUUGACUUGGCCAAUUGACUAAACGACUACCUCUUUCAUUUCCUACGAUUACUUAUGUACCGGCAAUCGUGUAAAUUGGCCCACCUAGUUGGUAGUUUUACAUGUGCCGUAGCUUAGGUAACACAGUGGCACAUAUCAAAUCACAAUUUAUGAGCGUCAAUGGAGAAAUCGUUUUAAUCUUGUCAAAAUAAUCCAGUAUUAUCAGCUCUUCACGUUAUUUCUGGAAUAAUGGAGGCAAGAGCUUUCGUACCUUGAUAGUUGAACGGGUUAUUUGAGGAUUAAAUAAAUUGUUUGUGUUUGUUUUUAUUUUUUACAAUUUUCCUUGGUUUUUAUAUUUUAAGAAUUUCUUUCUGUGAUAAUUGCUGUUAGUUUCCACAGAAACCCUGGAAGUCUAUUAUUGGCUGUAGAGACAGUCUGUGGGUUAUAGGUUUUGCGUGCUGUAUAAUUGAACAGAUAUAGUAUAUAAAUAUAUAAUUGUAAUAGAAUGUAGUUUACAUAAAGUAUUUAAACAAUUUCUGUGUGUUUGUAGAAUAUAUAGUGAUAAGAUAUGAUAGGUCUGUAGUGAUGAUUUUUUGCUAUUAUUUCGUCACGAGUAAGACUGCAUUAAGUUUGUCACUUGCAACGUUUUACAUUCCAUUUUUAAAAUAUAUGAUUAUGUAAAUUAAUACGCAAUGUUAUCUAGUCUUUACUGUUUGUUUGUUGCUCAGUGAUUAUGUUAAUCACCCAUUUGAUUCGGGUUUAGUCGUCCAGCCGAUAUUGGCUUCGGCAAAAUAAAUACUAGACCUGCACCUGUCCAAUUUGAACCGUUCUGUCCAAUUUGGGAUAAUAUUUAUGUAAAACUAUAUACCUGAUGUAAAUUACUAGAAAUUCACGCUUCGGUAUAUUUGCAUUUACUUACCCAUAAUACACCACAUUAUUAUGAGUGUCACUGUAUGUUAGUCAUUGAACAUAAUUGUAAUAUAGUUCUCCCUUGUAUUUAUAUGUUUGUUCAUCAAACAGCGUGCCCUCUGCAACUAGGUACUUACACUGAUCUGGUUCAUUAGUUUCUUUAGUGUCUAAUGCGAAGUGCAUUUCGGACGCCCAUAGCUACACAGUUGAGGCUAGAAUUCUGGCCACAUGUACAUUUUCAAAUGUAAAUAUCGAUCAUUUUAAUAUCUGUCAUUAAAAUGUAGGACGCUUUUAUUGUUACGUCAUUGCUCUACUUGGGUUUUGUUAUUUAUUUGGAUGUAAGCAGCAAACUGUAAUUUUAUAGUUGGAAAUAUUUUACAUACAUUUUGUGUACAUUUUUUGUUGUCUAUUGUGUACAUCUUUAAAUUAUUUUAACGCGACUUUUUGUAAUAGUUUUUAAAGUUUAUUUGUAGCUGUGGUUCUACAAGCAAUUUCAAUAAAUACAUAU